AUGCCGGAUCCGCCCGGCGCCGAUGCGCCCCCGCCCGAGGACCUAUUGGGUGGUAAUGGCGCGAGUGAUUCAUCACUCAACACGCAAACGCGUGAAGCGGUCACUGGAGGAACCGCGAAUCCUCCAGCUUGGUCGCCCGAGGCAACUCAGGUCCGGUUGGACCAUGAGAAGCUGAUGAAGAAGACCUUCCAAGUGCUCGGGAUUGUUCCCUCCAGCAAGUCGACCCGCCGACUGAUGGUCCUGAUGCACGACGCCUCGACCCCGCCUUCGCAGGCGCCAGCGCUCGCACGAGCCGCCCAAAGAGCGGUGCGAAACGACGCAGCCCCGGCCUCCAAUGUGAUUCGAGUCAUUAUGGAUGGUCCUGGAUCACCCAGAGGUCCUGUACAGACCGCGCUGCGCAAGCACUUUGGAUUGGCCGAGACGCCGUUCAUGUUCGCGCGGCCCGAGGGCGUCGUGCUUGACCCCGAGGUCGAGAAGCUUUUCUCGAAAUGCGUGAAGCUGAACCCGAUUGUGACGAAAGCCACGAAGAGGUUCCCGAUCGCUCGUCACAUGUACGAGCUUGUAUUCGAAUCCGAGCAAGCUUGUCUUGAAGCCGCUUCAGCGGGCCCAUUCCCCUACCACGGCAAGGAGAUGGUUACCGAGCUCCCCAGCGCCUCUCCCCUUAACCACGUCGUGCAGGUGCGAUUCACCUUGCCCUCCUCCUCCAGCGCGAUCCCCGCUUCCGUGCUCCGAAAAUCUCUCGAUGAUGCUAUCACCCUUUCGUUCGGCCGCGCAGGUCGCACGCAAGGUUAUACCCUGAUGCAAUUACAGCGGGGCCUCGCGGUCGAUCCGAAUGGCGAUCCGAUGGCCAUGACCGAAGACGGGUUCCACUGCGCGUACCUUCGCUUACAUGCUGAUCUUUUCCAAGGCUCCAUCGAGACGCAGAAGGCUGCGCUCAACGCCGCUUUGCCACAAGAGAUCGAGAUCCUGGGCGCCAAGUAUGGCUUGCGACACGAAUUCGAGACGCACUACUGCGCGGUGUGCGAUCGCGCCGGACACCAGUGGGGCGCUUGCAGGAAGCCGGUUUCGACUCCGGCCACCGCCGCCCCUGUUCCGGGGGCCUCGACCUCGACUUCGACUUCGACCACCGGCUUCCGAGUUGCUGGAAAGAAUGGGAAGCACGGUGGGCCUGCCGCAUUGAACUCUCGUGUCUCUGGCGCGAACAUGAUCCAGCUGGGACCUCGUGCUAACCCCGCAGGUGCAGUAACCGCCAACAAGGACGACGCGAACGACGGCGACGACGAGUCGGUCGUUUCGACCGAACCGGAGGGCGGUGACACUGGGGAAGAGACGUCGACGCGUGCGACCCUGGGCUCAACAAAGGAGACGCAGACGACGACGGCGGCGCCCGUUUCGACCCCGACCUCUCCUUCGCCUUUGUCCGGUGGCACGUCGGGAUCAUCGGCAACCUCGACAACCUCGAUAGCCUCGACGAGUCCUCGACGCCUUCGUUCGAGCUCGGCACCCGGCAACCGACGUGUCACCCGGGCAGGAUCCGCCAUGAUCCUCGGUGCAUCAGGGGGUGAUGGCUCAGGGGGCAACAGUUCAGGGGGUCACAGGUCCGAGGUGACCGAAUUCGAGGGGGGCGGCGCUGAACUGAUUUAAUCAUGAUUGAGUCACUCACCGUGUUGACGUUCAACGUCCGAUCGAUGAAGAACGCAGUCAACCAAGUCAAAAUCAUCCGUUAUCUCAAAACCCUUCGGCCGGCCCCUGCGGCCAUCCUCCUGCAAGAGCACCACCUCAGCUACAACGCGUCACGCGAAGGCUUCGAGAGUGCUUGGCCGGGGGCUUGUAUUCGUUUCACUCCUCAUGUCCUUACCCUCAUACCCGAUGGCUCACCUUUGGCGGGCCAUCUCCUUUCCUCUACCCCGGUCGUCUUUGCAGGAGCUCCUCGUUUCGACGGUCGGAUUCUGCGCUCGGUGUUUCGUCUUGAGGAGCUCGAUGUCGAGAUCAUCAACAUGUACGCGCCGGUGCAGGAGGACGAUCGUCGCGACUUUUUCGGGCUUCUGCACUUCAACGCCCCGAGACCCAAGAUUCUUCGGAUCUUGGCCGGCGAUCUCAACGAUUGUCCGGAUGUAUCGGUCGACCGAGUGUCCAUCACCGAUCGCGCUUGGACUCCUGUAUCGCACUGGCAGACCUUGCUGUCAAAGAUCGCGUUCAAGGCACUCGACACGGUCCGACAUGUCCAUCCUUGCACCCCUGCAUUCACUCGUCCUCACUACCGUGGUAGAGGGGAAGAGCGAAAGAUUUGCUCGUGGUCGCGGAUCGACUAUAUUCUUGUCCAAUGCAGUUGGGCGAACCGGUUGUUGAGCGCUUCUACGCUCUUCGAUGCGCCCUGUUCGGACCACAGACCUGUAGUUGCGACUUUCGCUUUGCCUACAUCGAACGCUGAUGCCGAACCCCCCCUUUCUCUUCCCUCCACGAGCGAUUUCAUUUCGAGGCUCAACCCAAUGGUCUUUGACGAUCAAGACUUUGUCGCAUCGAUUCCCGGGGUCGUCGACGAGGUCUAUCAAAGGCUCGAGGGGACCGCUCCGCUCGGCGACGUCUAUGACGCCGCUCUGCGGGCGGUUGCAGUCGCUGGCCAUGCACGAUACCGCUCGACUCGUGCCGACAUGCGCCGACUGCGGGCCGAGAGCCAAUCCGUCAUGGAGGCUUUGGAGGCACGCGGUGAGCACAUGAAUGAGGCCGAGCGCGAUGCGUAUGCUCUUGCCAAGUCGCGGUUGGACCAGUUGGCGGUAAAGGAGGCUCAGUGGCUGCGCAUUCGUGCGCAUGUGCCGUCAGUCGACUCGAGGGAAGGUCAAUCGGCAAGCAUUCGCACGCGCCUCAACCGCCGGAGUCGCCAGACGAGCAUCGUCUCGCUGGAGGAUGUGGAUGGCACCGAGACCGUUGACAUGCAGGAGGCGCUGGGUAUUGCUUCACGGCACGCGCAGUCGCUCUUCACGCCGGACCCAGCUCGUGGCGACCCGACGAACGCACGCCGGUCCCUGCUCGACCCUAUUCGCGCAGCGAAAUGCUACGAUGACGACCGCUCGGACCCUACGUUCGGUCGUCGGCUGCCUCGUCAAGCGAGAGUGGCGCUUGACGAGCCCUUCACCCUCCUCGAGGUUGAAGCGGCGUUGAAGAAGACGGAUUCGGGGCGAUCACCGGGGCCCUCGGGCAUUCCGUACGAGCUCUUCAAGGCGCUGCCAACCUACUUUGCUCCCAAGCUGUUGGACUUGUUCAACUCGAUUUGGGAGGGCGGCAAAAUGACGGCGUCCUUGGCAGAGGGGCUGGUGCGGCUCUUGCCCAAGAAUAAACCGGGGGCCAAUCUGAAAUCACUGGGGGCAUACCGACCGAUCACAUUGCGCGAGACGACCUACAAGGUCCUCAGCAAGGUCUUGGUGGCGCGACUCAAUGGGGUGCUCGGCGAGCUUUUGCCGCCGGCGCAACACGGUUUCAUGCCAUCAAGACGUUCAGCGGACGCGGGAAGUCAUCUCACUCUCCUUCUCGAAAAACUCAAGUCGCUAGGCACUGAUGUUUUCCCCGAGGGCGCCCUCUUGUCUUUGGAUCAGCAGAGCGCGUACGAUCGGGUCGAUCACGCCUGGAUCUUCGAGGUCUUUGAGGCCUUUGGGUUCGGUGAGCGUUUCAUCUCGCUGCUGCGCGCUCUCUACGAUCCCGAGACUCUGGGGGUGCGCUACCUUGUCAAUGGGUUCCCCACGGACUUGGUGCGGUUGCUGUGUGGUCUCGGUCAAGGGGAUCCCCUCUCGUGCCCGGUUUGGAACAUCACGUUCCAGCCCUUCCUCGACGCCCUCGUUCGGCGCGGGAUCGCGCUCGACCUGCAGAAGGUGUGGCCAGGGGGGCCGCGUGCGCAGCUUACGCAUCUGGCGUUUGCCGACGAUGCUGUGGUGGUGGUGGAGUCACCGGCGGCAUUGUCGAAGCUGCAAACGCUGUCGCAGACGUGGUACGAGGCUACCAACGGGAAGACCAACACGGACAAGACGCUGGUGCUACCACUCGGACCGAACUGGCUUCGGGACGAGACUGCGCAGGCGCUGCCAACGGUGCAGGAGGGGGAGAGCUUCAAGUGGUGCGGUUAUGCCUUCUUUCGCCACGGUGACUCGAAACUGUUUUGGACCCAUGUUCUUGACAGGAUCAAGGCCAAGACCCGCGCCGCUCGAGACCGGACACUUUCGCCGAGUGGGAAGGUUUUCUAUGCCAACGCUCACAUCAUCUCGACGGUCCUCCACGUGCUGUCCUUCGACAUACCGCCUCAAUGGUUCAUUAAGGCGGCGGAGACGGCACUUACGGACUUUGUCUGGGGAGGAGCAGGGCGAAAUACCGUCGCUCGCGAUUUCGUGUUCCAGGCUCGGGAGGACGGUGGCUUGGGUUUGAUUUCGAUUGGCGACAUCGUUCAUUCGGUGGCGCUUCGAUUUUGGGAUGCUGUGGCGGGCUCGGACGAGGCGAUCUGGGCGCCCCUAGCUCGCGAGAGCUGGAGGUCCCUCGUCGCUGCGACCCGCGAUUUCAGUCCGUGGGGGUUCUUCAGCAGCACGGCUCGGGUCGAGAAGCUGUAUCGCGACUCGACGCGCUGGGGGGCAGUCGUUGCAGCGGCCAGGGUCACAGUUCCAACCAUCAAGUCCGAACUCCUUACGCUUCCCGAAUUGCUCUCGCUUCCGCCUCGCCUCCCUUCACUCUAUGCUGAAGGUGCCCAGCACGCAUAUGACGAUGCGGACGCGGUGGCGAAGUUUGCGCAGAUCGCGGACCUGUACUGGAGGGACGAAGGGAAGGGAUGGGCUCUGGUUGGUCAUCGACGCGGGUUCUGGCAGCACUCUAAGGAACCCGCCCUACAGCACGAGCACGUGUGGUCGCGCGUGGGUCAGUUGCUCAAGGCGAAAGCGUUGCUGCCCAAGACCGCGUUGCGACCUGCUCGGAUACCUCUCAAGGAGGCUCCCCGUCCUCGGUGCUUCAACUUCUUUGGGUUCUCCCGACCUUUUACGAUUCGCAAGCUUCGUCGGCUUGUGAACAAGGUGCGGUUCCCAGGGAGGGAGGACCGUGUCAAGCGUUUCCCUGAUGGGACUUCUCAGAGCGAUAGGAAGCGCUUCUGGAGAUGGCUUCAUGACCGGUUCGCGUCUGCUGUCGAGCAGGACACCCACUGGCGGCUCAUGUACGACGUGACGCCGACGCGCAAGAGGCAGCAUACUCAGGGUCAUGCCUCUUCGCCGACGUGUCUGUUCUGCGGCAACGAUGCAGCGGUCAUCGAGACGGUGUCCCACUACUUUUUCGAGUGCGCGUACUCGACCAGCUUCUGGGGUGGGGUGCUACGCAUUCUGCUUGACAAGCUCGGCAUCGAGGAUACCGACGUCGAUCCGUCGACGUUCACUCCGGAGCAGCUGACUAUGGGGCUCCCCCUUUUGCGGGGUCGUGGGAGAACGACCUCGAAAUGGAUGUGGGUUCGGCUGGCCUGCGCGAUCGGCUUCCAGCGGCUGCACCUGCUCCGCUGGCGCGUUCAUCAGCGGUUCGAGCUGGACAACGUCGUGGCCCCUCCCUCGCUUCCCAGUACGCUCAGAGCGUUCGAGCGAGAUUUUCUCUCUCGAGCGGGUUUUGUGCCUGGGGUUCGAGAUUGGGAGGUGUGAUGACCGAGUUAAGUCCUUCCUUCCCAUUUUCCUCCCCUCCUUUCCUCCCUUCCUUUUCGGUCAGAAGCUGACUGUCUUGAAACUUGUUGCGCAGUGGAAGGCUGCGCACCUCUCCCUCUCUCUACUUUGUGCAGUAGCGGUUUUCGUUCUUGGAUGGAUCGGCAAGCCGGGUCGAUCGUCGUUGCGUUGGAGGCUUUGUGAAGUUCUCCCCUCUCUUUCCCCUUUCUCCCUUCCCUUCCUCUUCUCGUUCCUGUUGCUCGGUUGUUGACUACGCUUCAGCCACUUCUCCUUUUAUUCCUAAGUCGUGUGUUGGAUUCCGUCGAAUGGAUCGUUCGUUCGCGUUGGUCAAGAUCUACGGCAUGGAUCGGGAAGAAAGGUCGCUCGUUUUUUUUGUCAAUAUCCUCGCGUCAAGGCGAGGCUCGUUUCGUUGUAUUGGAUCGUUUUCGCUCGGCUCCGACGGCUCAACAGCCAGCACUCGAGACUCAGCCAAGGGAGGACAUCAGGCGCUGUCGGGGUGACGAGUAGCUGGGGCUUGGCUGCGGCCUGUCAGUCCCUGGGGACCUCUAGCUCUGGCUUCGACCCCCUCCCUUGGCCCCUCGGGUGUGUUCCCCUCCUCCUCCCCUCCUCUCUGUCUUAGUAUUCCUGGUUCUCCGUGUUUCCAGUCGUGAAUUUUUGUAUAUUCUCCCCUUUUCUUUCUCUAGGCGCUCUUGCCUGGUUUUCGAGUAUCUUCGCUCCCGCUCUUGGGACGUGAAGCGGCAGCAGUACUCACCGCCCGUUGGAGUCCGCGUUAGGUGCUCGGCGGGUUUUGAUCUGCGCAGCGCUCUUUGCGCGCAGGGGUUUGACUUUCACCCAAUUGCUUGCCGUCGUUGCUUUAUAACCUCUUUUAGCUCUUUUUCUAGCGGUCCCAGCCAACCCGAAGGAUUGCAAUUUAUGAGCCCCAGUAAUAAAAAAAAAAAAAAAAAACGAUCGACACAAGAACACCCCCUUGGCGGCGGCGGUGGCGGCGGGACGACUCAACGUGCCUCCCCGGAUCGGCACCAGCGCACCACUCGAGGCGAUCAUCCCCAAGCCCGUGGCCCGCUUCGCAAUGGAGCAGCGCCUUCCGGACCCGGUGCUUCCACAACAGGCGAGCCAGUAUACGCUGCUGAACAUGGCUCGCCCCUACACAGUCCGUCGCAUCCGCCGGGUCCUGAACGCGAAGGCAUUUACCAACAUGCUCGGGCUCAAGGGACCACCGCAGCCGGACGACCUCAGGAGCUUCUGGAAGGCAGUCAACUCGAAGGCACUGACGGCGAGGGAGAGGGAAGUUUGGUUCAAGCUGAUCCUCCGCUUCACCCCGACGCGCAAACUCCAGCACGAGCAAAAGCACGACACUUCUCCCGCGUGCUUCGUCUGCGAAGCGCCGGUGGACGACACCGAUCACUACUUCUUCGGCUGCUUCGACUCGCGAAACGUCUGGAUCGCGGCGAGGGGCGUGCUCUGCGACGCGCUCGGAUGCGACACGAUCGAGGGCGCCGAGUACACGACGCUUCAACGACUCUUUGGCCUCCCCAAGCUCAAGGCCAAGCUCAGCGCACAGGAAGGCGCGGGCAGGACGAUCGAGAUCUUCACGGGGAUGGUUUUGGAGAUGAUCAGCAGUGGGAGAUGGAGGAUGCAGAAGCACGGGACGAGGAUGGAAAGCCUGGAGCGGAGGAGGGUGGUACUGGAGGAGAGGAUGAAGUUGAGGGCGGGAGGAGCAAGAGGCAGGCGAGGGCAGUAG